UCAGCUACUCAGUUUGUCAGCGAACGGGAUCCCAUGCGGAUGUGCUCGCGGAUGAAAUUUGGUUCGACUCCGGCUCCGUUUCGACUUUUGACGUAAACCCCGUGCAAAACAAGUGAUUUCCAACUCCGGGCGUACGGUAUUAUCGUCGCGCGUUUCGAAAAAGAGUUCUAAAAACAGGCAAAUACUAUAUCGUGUUAUAAAUACGCCAAACAGAAAGAAAAAAGUUUGGCUAUCUGAAAAGAAAAGCCUGUGGUUCAUUUGCCGUUAAAAAGCCGCAUAACAUCAAAAAAGCAACCGUAAACAAGGUCUUAAGACCGCCAAAAAAAAUAGGUUGACAAGAUAAUAUUUUACCAAAAAACAAAUACAAAAGCCAAAACCAAAUUGCUAACAAAUAAAGGUUGCAAACAAAAAAAUAAGUUCAAGCAAAAUAAAUAGAAAUAUUUAUUAUUUGCUUAUAAGGCAAACUAAAUAUUUGCCGGCGCAAAUAUUAAAAGGUGUUAAGUGUUUCGUGGGAGUGAAGAUUUUAAACAGAAAAUAAUAGAUUAAAUAAAUAUUUUAUGGUGUAAAAGUGAGUGCAAGAAGUUAAGCAACAUGUGCGCGUUUUAAGAGUGUUCAUUAAAAUCGAAAUAGAUACCCGGAAAGUUCUUUGACAGAGAUAAAGAGCGGCAACGAAAAGAAUCCAAAAUGUGGCGGCAAAUCCUGUUUAUUUUACCCACCUUGAUACAAGGCGUCCAGCGCUAUGACCAAAGUCCCCUGGAUGCGAGUCCAUAUUAUCGCAGUGGCGGGGGAUUAAUGCCCAGUUCUGGGACCGAGUUGGAUGGAUUACCCCACCACAAUCGCUGCGAACCCAUCACCAUUUCGAUCUGCAAGAAUAUCCCCUACAACAUGACCAUUAUGCCGAAUCUUAUUGGGCAUACGAAGCAGGAGGAAGCUGGCUUGGAGGUUCACCAGUUCGCUCCGCUCGUGAAGAUCGGCUGCAGUGAUGAUCUCCAGCUGUUCCUCUGCUCACUUUACGUUCCGGUUUGCACGAUUUUGGAGCGACCCAUUCCACCGUGCAGAUCUCUUUGCGAGUCGGCGAGAGUCUGCGAGAAGUUGAUGAAAACCUACAACUUUAACUGGCCGGAAAACCUCGAGUGCUCCAAAUUUCCCGUCCACGGCGGCGAGGAUUUGUGUGUGGCCGAGAAUACCACCUCCUCGGCCUCCACCGCGGCCACGCCCACAAGGAGUGUGGCCAAGGUCACCACCCGAAAACACCAGACUGGCGUGGAAAGUCCUCACCGCAACAUUGGAUUCGUCUGCCCGGUGCAACUGAAAACGCCGCUGGGCAUGGGCUACGAACUUAAAGUCGGCGGAAAGGAUCUCCAUGACUGCGGAGCACCGUGUCAUGCCAUGUUUUUCCCCGAGAGGGAAAGGACCGUUCUCCGAUAUUGGGUUGGAUCCUGGGCAGCGGUCUGCGUGGCCAGCUGCUUAUUUACGGUGCUCACCUUCCUGAUCGACUCGUCGCGUUUUCGCUACCCAGAAAGGGCCAUCGUCUUUCUGGCCGUCUGCUACUUGGUAGUUGGCUGUGCCUACGUGGCCGGGCUGGGAGCAGGCGACUCCGUCUCGUGCCGCGAACCAUUUCCGCCUCCCGUCAAGCUCGGCCGCCUGCAGAUGAUGUCCACCAUCACCCAGGGCCACCGACAGACCACGUCCUGCACUGUUUUAUUCAUGGCACUCUACUUCUGCUGCAUGGCGGCCUUCGCCUGGUGGUCGUGUCUGGCAUUCGCCUGGUUUUUGGCCGCCGGACUCAAAUGGGGCCACGAGGCGAUUGAGAACAAGUCGCACUUAUUCCACCUGGUUGCCUGGGCGGUCCCCGCCCUCCAAACAAUCUCCGUGCUGGCUCUCGCAAAAGUUGAAGGCGACAUCCUCUCUGGCGUUUGCUUCGUGGGCCAGCUGGACACGCACUCCUUGGGCGCCUUUCUGAUCCUGCCCCUCUGCAUUUACCUCUCGAUCGGAGCGCUCUUCCUGCUGGCCGGAUUCAUCUCGCUGUUCCGCAUCCGGACCGUGAUGAAGACGGACGGAAAGCGGACGGACAAGCUGGAGCGGCUGAUGCUGCGGAUCGGCUUCUUCUCCGGGCUGUUCAUCCUGCCCGCCGUGGGACUGCUGGGAUGCCUGUUCUACGAGUACUACAACUUCGACGAGUGGAUGAUCCAGUGGCACCGGGACAUCUGCAAGCCCUUCUCGAUUCCCUGUCCAGCGGCCAGGGCGCCGGGCUCCCCGGAGGCCCGUCCCAUCUUCCAGAUUUUCAUGGUGAAGUACCUCUGCUCGAUGCUGGUGGGGGUCACCUCGAGCGUGUGGCUCUACUCCAGCAAGACGAUGGUCAGCUGGCGGAACUUCGUGGAGCGACUGCAGGGCAAGGAGCCGCGGACGCGGGCGCAGGCGUACGUCUAGUAUGAGACGGGUCCGGUGGGCGGGGCCAAGUCCACGCCCCUCACUCCCGAUCCGGAGGCGGCCAACGAGAGUUACUUAGAGUUUAGCACAUAGACAACCCCACUCCCCUCUUUCCCACAGAAAAAACCAUAAAACCCCCUCCUGAAAAGCAGUCGUAGUUUAUAGUGACUUUGUAUAAAGUUCAUCAUCUACAUAUAACCCCAGAAACAAAACAAAAAACACAAGAACAAAAUCAAAAGUUGACCCUAGGCUAUUGUUUGAAUUGAAAAUAUGUUAGUUGAUACGAAAGCAAGCUUGUUGAACCAAAACUACGCAUAUAAGUUGAGAGACUCUAGCUCUAAGUCGAGUUGUAUUCUGUAGGAUAUCAUUGCUUUCGUGGUAUACGAACUUUUAGCCAGUACGAUCCUUCAUUUCUUGACGCAAGUUUUAAGUUAGGUUCUGAUUUUUUGAAAGCUUUAAAUGUGCCCUACAGAUAGUGAACGUACAUAUAUAUAAAUAUAGAUAUUACGAAUAUGGUAUGGAUGUUAGGCAUUGUAAGGAUGUGAGCCUCUGCUGUUCUAUAGUAGAUAUUAGCGACCAAGGCUUCAAAUUAAAUUCAUUAGUCACUGAACAAAUACUUUUCGCCUACACACAGUAAUUAUGCAUAUAAAGUAUACAAUCCAUACCCACAACAAUUGCAGUUUGGCGCUCACAUCUAUGCUUCGUGUAUGUAUAAACAAAAGGGAAACCAUAAACUAUAUAAAUGUAUUAUGUAGCAAUAAAUGUCCUCCAUGUGCUAAACUUAAUGCAAAUACGAUUAUUAUAAUUAUAACUGUAACUCUAACUGUAACUGUAACACUAACUGUAAUUGUAUAUUUGUUGAACUAAUUAAUUCUAAACGCGUAAUGGAAUAAUUUUUAAUUCAAUUUUUAAAUGACGUUGUAGUCAUAGCACUUAAGUGAACAAACAAACGGAACACGUAAAAAUUUUGUUGCCACUUUAUGGAAAUUUUUCCCCUCACUCUCCCCCCGCGAACUAAAUAAGAGUUGAAACUGCCAUUUAAAUAUUUGUAGAGAACCAUGAAAAAUCACCGAAAGGAAGAUUCGCGCACACCGCGAUGUUUGCCUACUGUUGAGCAUUUGUUUUCAGCGCAUUUAAUUGAGUCCUCGAAUUAAAUUGGCACUAGUAAUAUGUGAAACUAAAGUCCAAGCCAGAUUUGUGUAGCAUUUAAGCUGAUGGAAAUGCAUAUUAAUUAUAGCAAUUAUCGAUAUUAUCGGUGUAACAUAGCGAGUGCCCAGCGGCAAGCGAACAAUUAUAAGUGUAUAAAACAAACAUAAACAUACAGAACGUCAUGAAAGCAUCCAUUGGCAAAAACAAACGGAAAAUGCGAAAAUAAAACUUUAUUUUAUUGUUAAAGACUGAAA